AUGUUGGCAUUUAAAGAGGCCCAGUUACAUGUACCAUCACCACAUAAUUUUACUUUUCUUGAGUAUUUACUCCAAAAAUUUCCCUUUCUUUUUCUUUUUUUGUUUUACAUCCAAUCACAAACUACACGAAAGUUGCCCCUUUUUCAUGGGGAUUUACCCAUCACAGAGAUGCACAGAGGAACAGAACGAACUUCAUAUAUCCUUUUUCUACUUAAUCCAGAAACAAGAUCGGACGUUAUUCCGGUUCGUCUCCAUUUUUGUGAAACUAUUCCUCAAGCAAGGCAGCCGAUAAGUCAUCGAAGGCUUUGUGUGAAUAAUGGAAUGGUAAGCAUUACUCAUUUGAAAGUUUCCCACGGUGAUUUAAUAUCUUUUCAAGAAAAUGACGCAAGAAUCCGCGGUGAAGAAAUAAGGAGAUUUUUCUAUAUCGAAAUAUCAGUUGAAAAAAUCAUAGGCAAAUUCCUGGAUCACCCGGUAAGAAUGUGGAGAAGAACCAAAACAGAAUGGUUCCACCUACUCAAAACUAAGAGGGGAUGCCGCCUACUACUAAAAUCCCGGUUUUUGCAACAGUUGCGUUCUUCUAUGCAAGAAGAAGUUAUAACAAUUGAUUUAUAG